UAUGUUCCUCGUAAAAUAAAAAAUAAAAUAAAAAAUACGUAUGCUAGACUCGGGUUUGACGGCCCUCGAUCCGCUAUUGGCCGCCGGCAAUACUCGCAGCAAAAUCACGCCGAUCUCAAGUUUCUAGGUUUUGCGGCGGAUGAGGGGUAAUUGAUUGAGCUUGCAGAAAUGGGAAGAAGACGAAAGAAGUGUAGGCUUUGGUGGCCGAAUAAUCUCUUCUCCCAAACUCCGCCUAAUUCCAGUUUUUUGUUCGGGUGGUUUUUUCCCUCAUCGGAAGUUUCACUCGAUGUUGUCGUGGCUUUUGCCUCCGACGAAUCGAAAAUUACUUCCUCGAUGAAUCGCCGUGCUGAUCUUCAGGAAACCCUUCAGAGGAUAAAUGAGAAAAUGCCUUCACUUCUUCAAGAUAAGAGCAAAUUCUCUGUGCUGGGAUAUUUGGAAGGAGGUGUUAGUGGCAACAGCCAGUUCGUCGGAAGUGGAAAUGAUAAAAAUAAAUCCGUCAACUUAACUGGUGAUGAAUAUCAAAAUACACGCAAGAGUAAUCAUCGAAGUGGGAGUCGUGGAUGCUCCAAACAUGAUGUGGUAUUAGAACAAUGUAAACAUGUUGCUCUAGAAAACAUGUGGCUAGAGCUUGUAUUCGGUUUUUCUGAAACAUUGGAUGGGAGAGUCAUUGUCAUCCCCAAAUUGGAUCAUCUACAUUUGAACAGUGAAAGAAUAUCGCAUCUAGAUCUCCACGUAAUAUUUUAUGAAGUACCCACUUUUGGUCUUCACCACUAUUCCCUGGCUACUCGUAGUUCAUCCAACCUAGUGGCAUCUCCUUGCAAGAAACCGAAGUGGUUUGACGACCUUCACCAAAGAGAUGCACUGCCUGACUUGGAUAGCGUCAUCCAGGCAAUUAACAGCGCGAAUGCAGCUCAAGUGUUGUUUCAUGGACAUCGUCAUGCUGAGCAUGGUCUUCAGUUCUUCAUUGUUUACAUGUUCUCCUUCACAUCGCAACUAUUUGCUGUAUUUGUCGCUUCACUCUCGACUGCCAUUUACGUUGUUCUUCAGUCUUCCAGUAUUCUUUUUAGUUGGUUAUCCCACACAUAUAUAGAUGUCAUAUUGGCCAAAGUAUUUAAUAGUACCGUAAAGAAUAUUCAAUUCCGCUGCUGUCAACUCUUGUAUUGGCCUAUCUUUCUCCAGGAUCAUAGUCUAAGGAGUUGGUCAUCUGUUGAGUUCGCAGAGAAAGCUGCACUACACAAGCACUUAAUAUGGUCAAAUGUUUUGGUUGAUGUUCUUCUAGGAAAUCUUUUUGGCAUUCCCCUAUGGUUUAUGGCAGAACCUACGUGGUUAUGGGUUACGAAUUUUGCUCAUGACUUCACAAACGUUUGGUUACGUUCUGGGUGUGUAUGGCUGAUGGGCAAUCCAGCUGGUUUUAAGUUGAAUACCGAGCUAGCAGGAGUUCUUGGCAUGAUUUCUCUUAACGCCAUUCAAAUUUGGUCUACACUUUGGGUUUUUAUGGGUUUUCUCUUUCCUUAUUUCACCAAAGGACUUGCUCUGUGUGGGAUUAUUUUUGGUUUAACUUCAGCGGCAGCUCUAAUCGUCGACAUAAUUUCACUAGUAACUAUGCAUGUUUUGGCUCUUCAUUUAUUUCUUUCACUUCUCUAUUCGACUCAGAUACAGGCGGUAUCAGCUUUGUGGCGCCUUUUCAGGGGUAUAAAGGGUAAUCCUCUGCGCCACAGAUUGGAUAGCUAUGAUUUUACAGUUGAGCAACAUGUAGUGGGCUCUCUCCUAUUCACCCCAAUUUUACUUCUACUACCAACAACAUCCGCAUUCUAUAUCUUUUUCACCAUUUUGCACACAUCUGUGAGCUUUAUGUGCAUAGUUGUCGAGGCUGCUAUAUCUUUUAUCCACGCCACUACAUAUGCUAAAGUCUUCCUUUGGUUGAAAACGAGAAAAAGAUUCCCAUCUGGUGUAUGGUUUGAAGUUGCAUCAUGUCAAAUUUCGGAUACUGAAGCUGUUAAUGGCAGUAACUCCUCCCCUGGGGAGGUGCAAAAAACAGAUUACGGAAGUAGCAGUAGCAAAUCCACUAUUUUGGUUUCAUUUCUGCAAAGCAAUUAUUUGAACUUAGGAGAGGUAGCCUGGCCAGAAAACAGAAACUUGUCGUAUUCAAGUUUGUCUAAGUCAUCUAUUGGCUCAUCAGCUUACGGGCUUCUCAUUGGAAAAAGCACUCUAUAUGCUCCCGGGCCUAGUUUCCCUAUGAAAUUGCCGUGGAUAGUAAUACCCUGGAAAGAACAUUGGCGCCUCUGCCGUGAUGCAGUUUAUGCAUGCAGGGAAUAUCCGUUUAGUAAUUCACGUCAAUGACGAAAUAUCGGUUCUUGAUUUUUUCGCCACUUCUUUGAAUGUCGGAUUUUUUUUUUGUUCAUAUUGGUUUUGAUAUGUAAACCCUUGUUUCAAAUCCCCCCAUUCAGAUGCAGCAUCAGUUUAGUUAGAAUUCAUCUUAACAUAUAUUAGCAAAAAUAUUAAUUAGUAUCAGAAUUCAGAAUCAUAUAAAUAUACACGAUGAUCACUGUCCCUAUCAUGUAUUUGUCUGACAAAACCAUUGCUGUAAUAAUAUAUCAAAUGCUUGCUUUU